GUUUAACGUGGAACACCAGAGGGCAGUGAGCCUCAAAGCCAGCAGACAGAAAAACAGCGCGUCGUUUCUCUCCGGACACAUUUCCCCUGCGCACAACUCAGAAAGAAGCGCCGCAUUCCCACAUUUUCACAAGUGUGGCCGCAGAGAUGGCAAUGACUCCGAAGGUUCCCGAGGUCCGUGACAUAAUGCGGAUCGAGAGAAUUGGUGCACAUUCUCACAUCCGUGGCCUUGGUUUGGAUGAUGCCUUGGAGCCAAGACAGGUGUCUCAGGGGAUGGUCGGCCAGCUGGCCUCCCGUCGGGCAGCGGGGGUCAUUCUGGAGAUGAUCAAAGAUGGCCACAUUGCUGGCAGGGCAGUGCUGAUUGCUGGCCAACCUGGCACAGGAAAGACUGCCAUUGCUAUGGGCAUCGCCCAGUCUCUUGGCCCCGAUACCCCCUUCACAGCACUGGCUGGUAGUGAGAUCUUCUCUCUGGAGAUGAGCAAGACCGAGGCACUCAGCCAAUCUUUUAGAAAAGCUAUUGGAGUGAGGAUCAAAGAAGAAACAGAGAUUAUUGAAGGAGAGGUGGUGGAAAUCCAGAUUGAUAGACCGGCCACUGGAACGGGCGCCAAGGUAGGCAAGUUGACUCUAAAGACGACUGAGAUGGAGACAAUAUACGACUUAGGCAACAAGAUGAUUGACAGUCUCAGUAAAGAGAAGGUUCAAGCAGGAGAUGUUAUUACCAUUGACAAAGCCACUGGAAAGAUCAGCAAGCUCGGCCGCUCCUUCACCAGAGCCAGAGACUAUGAUGCCAUGGGAGCUCAGACACAAUUUGUGCAGUGUCCAGAGGGGGAGCUGCAGAAGAGGAAAGAGGUGGUCCACACAGUGUCCCUCCAUGAGAUCGACGUCAUCAACAGCCGCACACAAGGCUUCCUGGCUCUGUUCUCCGGAGACACCGGAGAGAUCAAGUCUGAAGUCCGUGAGCAGAUCAAUGCUAAAGUGUGUGAGUGGAGGGAAGAGGGCAAAGCAGAGAUCAUCCCAGGGGUGUUAUUUAUUGACGAGGUCCACAUGCUGGACAUGGAGUGCUUUUCUUUCCUGAACCGUGCGCUCGAGAGUGACCUGUCCCCAGUUCUCAUAAUGGCCACCAACAGAGGCAUCACCCGUAUCCGCGGCACAAACUAUCAGAGUCCUCAUGGCAUCCCUAUCGACCUGCUGGAUCGCCUGCUCAUCAUUGCCACCUCCCCUUACACCGAAAAAGAAACAAGGCAGAUCCUCAAGAUCCGGUGUGAGGAGGAGGACGUGGAGCUGAGCGAGGAGGCUCACUCCGUCCUGACUCGCAUCGGCAUGGAGACGUCGCUGCGCUACGCCAUUCAGCUGAUCAGCACCGCAGGGCUGGUGUGUCGCAAGCGCAAGGGGACAGAAGUGCAGGUGGAGGACAUCAAAAGAGUUUAUUCUCUGUUCCUGGAUGAGGCCAGAUCCUCUCAGUACAUGAAGGAGUAUCAGGAUUCUUUCCUCUUUAAUGAAACACAAACGCCUUCGAUGGAUACCUCGUAAUGAAGACGACUGCUUUGUUUUUCGCACUCUGUGAACUUUUUAUGUUGUUGACUGCCACUGGGCUUGGAGUCGUUGAUUCUACUUAAAUUGUGACUUUGCAUUGAAUUACAUUGAAGAUGUUACACGUUUCUUUUCUGUUCAACUUCUCUUGUAUCAAUGUUUUGAUUUCAAAUAUAUUUACUGAAAUUUGGCUUAAUUCAGAAUUUAGCAGAUUUCUGUUCAUCAUGCGGCCUUGAGGCAGGAAUAUUCCUUCCUCUGUUAUUUUUUGGGUUACUUAUCUUAACAAUGGUUUAUUUUUAUGAAAAUUAUUAAACAGGCUUUUAUGAGCACA